AUGGAUGCUCUAACGUCCAACACUUUCAACAUUCCCCUCGCUCCUGCGCCGUCGCUUCCCCCAGUCUGUUUCGUCUGCAACAAUCGCAGCCGACGCCUUGUCACACGGUCAUCGAAUAGAAACGGCAACGCAGGUCGGCCAUACCAUAAAUCCCAGAUAAUCCACCAUGCUACUGCAGCGAGUCCAGCAAAGCUCAGGUCACCGGCGAGAACGGCGGUAGUCCUGGUAGAUUGCAUUAUGUAUGCAGGCUGGGCACUUGCGACUACUAUGCUGAGCGAGUAG